AUGAUUUUUCUCCUCUUUUGUACAAUAUGCUGCAUUUCAAAUGGAGGAGAAGGAAGAAAAACUAUAUCAACUCAGAAAAAGCAUUCUGAUGCCGGAGAAUCUUUAACUUCAGCUUCAAAAUUAAAAUCUGAAAAGUUGAAUUCAACUCUUCCCGUUGAAAGUUCUAAUAAAACAAAAUCCAUUUCUGUUGAAAAGAAAAAUCCUCUGCCAAUUUCAACAAACAAAACUGAAAAAGUAUCACCAAAAGAAAAUAUUACAUCGAUUAGUGCUUCUUCGAGCAAAAAGAGCAAACCUAGCAACUCUUCAUCCGCUGCCGAACCAAAAAUUUCCAAAUCAACGGAAUCAAAAGAAAGCAUCAAAAAAUCUGUUUCAAACACAACAGAAGUGAAGAAAAUAGAUACAACUGAUGCAAAGAAGGAAUCGAAGACCAUAGAUUCUACACAAAUCGUAAAUUCCACCAAAAAAGAAAAAUCUCAGAAAGAAAAAAUCAUCGAAAAGCCAAAACUCCCUGAGCAACCUUUAAAGGAAACAAAGACAGAAAAAACUACACCUAAAGAGAAGAAAUCCGAUGAUUUAUUCGAUGAAUCAGGAAUUGAUGUGAACGAAGUCGACAUUAGUAAGAUAGAUGAUGAAAAGAAGCCGAAGCAUUCAACAAAGGAUACAACAAAAACUGAAAAAACGAAAGAGAAAACUGAAUCCAAAAUAGAAUCUAAACCGAUCAACAAAACUACAAUUUCCACUGAAAAGAAAGUAGACAAUAAGAUUGUAAAUCAUACUAAACCUCAAAAUUACACAGAAAAAAUUGAGAAACCAAUAUCGACCAAAAAAGUGGAAAAUACAACAAAAACAAUAGCAAAUACAACUGAUACAAAGGUAGAAAUGAUUGAGAAACCAGUUACAGAGUCAAAAGAAACUGAAUCAGAAUCAGAUAAAAAAUCUGAACCAGAAACAGAAACAAAAGAUGACGAACCAUUCUUCUACACAGACAGAUACAAAUUAUCCAAGGAUAAAUCAAAAGAAACAAGAGAUCAAACAGAUGAAUUUGGAUUUGACCGUUAUGAUCCUUAUUCAGGAAGUAGACACAAAUCAAAGAAGAGGAAACAUCUUCACAGAAGAGGAAAAUAUGGAAUUGAAGAUUACUUCGGAGAUUAUGAUAAAAAACAUGAAAAACAUGAAGAAAAAGACCAAACAAUUGAUUACUUCGAUGAUUUCGACUUCAAAUCUGAUAAGAAACAGGAAGAAACAAAACAGUUCGAUGAUAAGAAGACAAAAGUAGAUGAAUUCGCUGAUUUUGGAAAGAAACAAGAUGAAACUGAACAGAAAUUUGAUUAUUUCGAUGAUUUCGACUUCAAUUCUGAAAAGAAACAAAAAUUUGAAUCAAAAGUAGACAAAUUUGAAAAGAAACAAGAGGAAACAAAACAAAAACAAGAUGAUUUCGAAUUUAAACAAGAAAAGAAACCUGAAAAAUCAGAAGAAAUUAAAGAUUCUGACUCUAAAUCAGAGAAGAAACAAAAACAAGAUGAUUUCGAAGAUUUUGAAUUUACAGAAGAAAAGAAGGUUGAAAAACAAGAAGAAACAAAAAGUUCUGACUCUAAGAAAUCUGAGAAACAAGAUGAUUUUAGUUCCAAAUCUGAUAAAAAAUCUAAAAAAGAAGAACAAAAACAAGAUGAUUUUGAAUUUAAAGAAGAAAAGAAAUCAAAGAAAGAUGAUGAUGGAAUAGAUUAUUUUGACACUGAAUCAGAGAAGAAAUCUAAAGAUGAAAAGGUUUCUGAAGAAAAAUCAGAUAAAAAUAAAACUGAAGAAGAAUCAAAAGAAAAGAAAUUAAAGAAAGAUGAUUUCGAUGAUUUUGAAUUUGAUAUCGAAAAGAAACCAGAAGAAAAACAAAAUGAAACUAAAUCAGAUUCAGAAAAGAAAGAAAAAGAAUGGGAAUUUGAGAAAGAUCCAUUUGAUAUAGAACAAGAAAAGAAAGAAAUACAAAGCAGUGAUUUUUAUAAUUACAAUCAAACAGAAACAAACAGUUCUGAUGAUUUGUAUGAUUUCUGGAGAAAUGAUCAACCAUAUUAUUAUCCACCAGAACAAAGUAAAUCAAAGAAAGGAUAUCAGUCGAAGAAAUACUAUUCCAAACCAAAGAAAGGCUACAAACAACAAAAUUACAGAGAUUACUUUGACUAUUACAAACAAUACGGCAGUCUUCCAAAGUAUUACAUGGAUUCAACAACAAUGAUGAGAUACAGAUUCCCUCAAUCUGCUGAAGAAUUCGAAAGUCUUCCUUUGUCACAUCAAAGAGCAAUCAUGAAAAUCUUCAACAGAAUGAACAGAGAAUACGGAGAUCAGUACUACAAUCAGCCAGGAAAUGACAAUGACAUGUUUUUGUAUGAAGCACAACAAAAUGAACAAAUUUACAAAUACCAACAACAACAACUUGAACAAGAGAAACUGAGGAAACAAUUGAAAGAAGAGGAAGAACUCCUUAGAAUGCAAUUGGAAGAAGAAAGAAAACAACUUGAAAAAGAAGAAAUAAAGAGAAAACAAAUAGAAUACCAAAGAAAACAAGAAGAGUAUCAGAGGAAACAAGAAGAAUACGCGAGAAAACAAUUAGAAAGAGAAGAAUUCGAAAGACAACAAGCAGAUUUAAAGAGGAAACAAGAAGAAUUAGAAAGAAAACAAAUGGAAUUGCAAAUGAAACAAGAGGAAGAAGAAAGAAAAAGAUUACAAAGAGAAGAAGAAUUAAAACAACAAUUAGAAAUGAAGAAAGAACAAGAAUUAAAUAAAGAAGAAUCAAAACCAAAAGAAACACAUAAAAAGAAAAAGAACCAAUUACCACCAAACACAGUUUUGGAUGAUUUCGGAAGAUUGGUUUGCAAAGAUGGAUAUUACUCUGAUACUUCAAGAAUUGAUAAAAUCGAUGGUUGCUGGACUUGCUCAAAUAAAUGCAGUAAAAACGCGAUGUGCGUUGCAAAGGAAACUUGCCAAUGCAAGAGUGGUUAUGUAGGAGAUGGUUAUACUUGCAAUGCUCCUGUCCCCAAUUUGAUUGAAUCUUUUGUUGAUAAUGGACAAAUGUCGAUUAAAAUCAAUUCAAAUGAUUUUGAUCCGACAGAAGGAUUCUGCAAAUUCGGAUCUUUGAUUAUCCCUGCAAGUUCUAUAAGUAGCAACAGAGUUAUUUGCCAAGUUCCAAAGAACAUGCAGAUUAAAGAUGUCUCUGUUUCUUUCGAUUCAGAUAGAUGGUCUGAAAAACUCAUUUUAUCUAAUGAAAGAUUCACUAAACAAGAAAUGAUAAUAAUAGGUGGAUUGAUAACUGCUGCUUCUUGCUGUUUGUUGACAAUUUGCAUGUGUUGCUGCACACAAAGAAAAGGUUCUUCUUAUUCUGAUAACGUAAAGAGGAGAUUGGAUGAAAUGUUGCCUUUGAUGUCAAUGAAUGAUAGAGACCGCCCAGUUGAGGAUUUGGCACCUGAAGAAGAAGUUUGA